AUGAGUGUCGUCGGCAUAGAUUUGGGUGCGCAAAGCACCAAGAUUGGUGUUGCCCGCAACAAGGGCAUUGACAUUAUUACCAAUGAGGUUUCCAACCGUCAGACACCCUCCCUCGUUGGAUUCACUCCCCGCAGCAGACACAUCGGAGAGGCAGCCAAGGGUGCUGAGAUCUCCAACUUGAAGAACACCAUCGGCUCUCUCAAGCGCCUCAUCGGUCGCUCUUUCAACGACCCCGAUGUCGCCAUUGAGCAGGAAUACAACACAGCACCCCUCGUCGACGUCGAUGGACAGGCCGGUGUCGAGGUUAACUACCUCGGAAAGAAGGAGAAGUUCACAGCCACCCAGUUGGUCGCCAUGUUCCUCGGCAAGAUCAAGGACAUCACCUCCAAGGAGUUGCGCCUUCCCGUCUCCGACUGCACCGUCAGCGUUCCCGCCUGGUUCACCGAUGUGCAGCGCCGUGCCAUGAUUGACGCCGGUGACAUCGCCGGUCUCAACGUUCUCCGUCUCAUCAACGACACCACCGCCACUGCCCUCGGCUGGGGUAUCACCAAGCUGGACCUUCCCGGCCCCGAGGAGAAGCCCCGCCGUGUCAUGUUCGUCGACAUUGGUUACAGUGACUACACUUGCUCCAUUGUCGAGUUCCGCAAGGGUGAGCUCAACGUCAAGUCCACCACCUACGACCGUCACUUCGGUGGCCGUAACUUCGACAAGGCCUUGACUGAGCACCUUGCCGAUGAGUUCAAGGAGAAGUUCAAGAUUGACAUCCGCACUCACCCCAAGGCUUGGGCCCGUACCCUCGUUGCCGCCGAGAAGCUCAAGAAGGUCCUUUCGGCUAACCCCCAGGCUCCCCUCAACAUCGAGUCCCUCAUGGAGGAUACCGAUGUUCGCUCUAUGAUCAAGCGUGAUGAGCUCGAAGCCAUGGUCAAGCCUCUCCUUGAGCGCCUGACCGUUCCCAUUGACCAGGCCCUCGCCGAGGCCAAGCUCACUGCCGAAGAUAUCGACCAAAUCGAGAUGGUCGGUGGUUGCACUCGUGUCCCCGCCAUCAAGGAGACCCUCACCAACUACUUCGGCAAGACCCUCUCCUUCACCCUGAACCAGGAUGAGGCCAUUGCCCGUGGAUGUGCUUUCAGCUGUGCCACCCUCUCCCCCGUUUUCCGUGUCCGUGACUUCUCCGUUCACGACAUUGUCAACUACCCCAUCGACUUCACCUGGGAGCAGUCCCCCGAGAUCCCCGAUGAGGACACCUCCCUCACCGUCUUCAACCGCGGCAACGUCAUGCCCUCCACCAAGAUCCUUACCUUCUACCGCAAGCAGCCCUUCGACCUUGAGGCUCGCUACACCCAGGCCGAGACCAUGCCGGGCAAGGUCAACCCCUGGAUUGGCCGUUUCUCCGUCAAGGGUGUCCAGGCUGAUGCCAACAACGACUUCAUGAUCUGCAAACUCAAGGCCCGCCUUAACUUGCACGGUAUCCUGAACGUCGAGUCCGGAUACUACGUCGAGGACAUGGAGGUUGAGGAGCCCGUCGAGGAGGAGAAGAAGGAAGGUGACGCUAUGGACACCGAGGACAAGGAGGAGCAGCCCAAGAAGACCCGCAAGGUCAAGAAGCAGGUCCGCAAGGGUGACCUCCCCAUCGCUUCCGCCACCGGCGGCUUCGACGAGGCCAUCAAGGCCACCUGGACCGAGCGCGAGAACUCUAUGUACAUGGAGGACAAGCUCGUCGCCGAGACCGAUGAGAAGAAGAACGAGCUCGAGGCCUCCAUCUACGAGCUCCGCGACAAGAUCGACGGUCUCUACUCCGAGUUCGCCUCUGAGGAGGAGAAGGAGAAGCUCCGUGCCAAGCUCAGCGCCACUGAGGACUGGCUCUACGAGGAUGGUGACGACACCACCAAGUCCAUCUACAUCGCCAAGAUGGACGACAUCCGCUUCAUUGCCGGCCCCAUCAUCCAGCGUUACAAGGAGAAGGCCGAGGCUGAGCGCGAGGUCACCCGCAAGGCCGAGGAGGCUGCUGCAUCCAAGCGCCGCGCCGAGAUCGCUGCCCAGAAGGCCACUGAGGACGCCGCUGCCCAGAACGAGGAGAACGCCCGCAAGUACGCCGAGGGUGACUCCGAGAUGAAGGAUGCCCCUGCUGAGCAGUAA